AUUUAUGUGUAACUCUGAACUCUCUAGGCACGCGUCACGUCACCUCCGCGAACGAAAAUCGCCAGUUUUCCUCCGUUAUUUUCCCGGAAAAUCCAUCCUUUUUGUACGCCAUCGUUACUGUUUUAAAUCGCACUAAUAAAUUAUUAUAAAUUGUAGUUUAAGUGUUAACGCUUAGGCCAAAAGUGUUUUGUUUGUGGCAGUGAUAUUCAACCGAAAGAAUUGGGAAAAGUGAAAAAUCAAAGCUGUUAGCCACAAGUCAAAAAUUGUUUGGGAAGGCAGGAGCAGCACAAAGGAUAUAAACUACUUACACACGAGUGCUUUUCCUGAGCGCUGAAGGCUGAAAAGUUUUCUCGCUUCGCUAUUCAAUAACAGGGUAGAGCAACGAGUUCCUCCGGCCGCGGCUGCUGCUGCUGUUGCUUGGGCACACUUCUGGGCAACGCAUUGUCGCCGCCGACCGCAAAGCUGGGCAAAAUUAUGAACUUGUGUUCCUCGGGCGCAACGGCAUCGACCACAUCGUUAUCAUCCACGGGCCAGGCGGAGCGGAGCGGCGGAGUACCAGGAGGAGGAGCAGAAGGCGGCGGAGGCAGCGGUAACAGCGGCGGCGGCGGCAAAACCAGCAACGGAUCCGCCGAGGCCCCAACACUCUGCUUUGCGGGAGGAUCGGGCACAGCAGGCGCGAUCGCCGGAACGGAGGAGCUGUCCAACGCCAACAGUCCGGCCAACGGAGCAGGAGGAGCAACUGGAUCAACCGGCAGUGGACAACAGCCGACUGGCAGCAACGGACACAGCCACCUUCACAACGAAAACAACGCAAAUAUGCCGCCCGAAACGCGUCCCAAAAUGGUGACCGUCAAGCAUCCGGAGUCCAACAAGCCCAAGCCCACCACAAAGAAAAGCAAGCCCAUCCAGGCCGACCAGGAUGUCAUCAAGGCGCUGCAGCGCUGUCGUGAUGAAGGCAUCAAGCGCUUGGACUUGAGCAAAUCUUCGAUCACGGUGAUCCCCAGCACGGUAAAGGAGUGCGUCCAUCUCACGGAACUUUAUCUGUACAGCAAUAAGAUCGGUCAACUUCCGCCGGAAAUCGGCUGUCUGGUGAGCCUACGUAACCUUGCGCUCAACGAGAACUCGCUGACCUCGCUGCCCGAGUCCCUGCAAAACUGCAGUCAACUGAAGGUGCUGGAUCUGCGGCAUAACAAGCUGGCGGAGAUUCCGCCCGUGAUUUACCGUCUGCGCAGCUUGACCACACUUUACCUGCGCUUCAAUCGAAUCACCGCCGUGGCAGACGAUCUGCGCCAGCUGGUCAACCUGACCAUGUUGAGUUUGCGAGAGAACAAGAUCCGGGAGUUGGGCAGCGCCAUCGGCGCGCUGGUGAACCUAACCACGCUGGACGUUUCGCACAACCAUUUGGAACACCUGCCCGAAGACAUCGGCAACUGUGUAAACCUCAGCGCUUUGGACCUGCAGCACAACGAACUGCUGGACAUACCCGAUAGUAUUGGGAAUCUGAAAUCCCUGGUGCGGCUGGGCAUGAGAUACAAUCGAUUAAGUAGCGUGCCGGCCACUUUGAAAAACUGCAAGAGCAUGGACGAGUUCAACGUGGAGGGUAAUGGCAUAACCCAGCUGCCAGACGGCAUGCUGGCCAGCUUAAGCGGAUUAACCACCAUCACUCUAUCGAGAAAUCAGUUUGCAAGUUAUCCCACUGGCGGUCCAGCGCAGUUUACCAAUGUCUAUAGCAUUAACUUGGAGCACAACCGGAUCGAUAAGAUUCCCUAUGGGAUCUUCUCGAGGGCCAAGGGUCUCACCAAGUUAAACAUGAAGGAGAACAUGCUGACGGCUUUACCAUUAGACAUCGGCACCUGGGUGAACAUGGUGGAGCUGAAUCUGGCCACAAAUGCGCUACAGAAACUGCCCGAUGAUAUCAUGAACCUGCAAAACCUUGAGAUACUCAUCCUGUCAAACAACAUGCUCAAGAAGAUUCCGAAUACAAUUGGAAAUUUGCGAAAGCUAAGAAUACUGGACCUGGAGGAGAACCGCAUUGAGGUGCUGCCGCACGAGAUUGGCCUGCUGCACGAGCUCCAACGUUUGAUCCUGCAAACCAAUCAAAUCACCAUGCUGCCGCGUAGCAUCGGCCACUUGGGCAACCUGACUCACCUGUCUGUAAGCGAGAAUAACCUGCAGUUCCUGCCCGAGGAGAUUGGUUCGCUAGAGAGCCUUGAGAAUCUGUACAUCAACCAGAAUCCCGGCUUGGAGAAGCUGCCAUUUGAACUGGCUUUGUGUCAAAAUCUAAAAUAUCUGAACAUUGACAAGUGCCCGCUGAGCACUAUUCCGCCAGAAAUCCAAGCUGGCGGGCCAUCGCUGGUGCUGCAGUGGCUCAAGAUGCACUCACCAUACCGCCAGAUGUGAGAUGUGGACGGCGUUUGGCGCACCGUCUACGUGGGCAGCGACUGCUACUAUCAGUACGAGCUGCAGACGGUGAACCAGGCGCCCGGUGCUGGUGGCAACGGUGGUGGAGGAGCAGCGGCAGCAGGAGGAUCCGCAUCCAGAAGCAGCGACCGUCGCUAACGGUGCGAUCUCAGCUAACGGGCAAGAUCCCGUCCCCAUCCUUUAUACCAUUCAUUAAGGGAGAAAGCCAUGAUAGAUAGGUGUUUUAGUUGAAAUCGUUCUAAAGCGGUAUAAGCUUGAUAAAGAUUCUAGUUUUUUUUUAUUUUAAUUAUUUGACAAAGCACAUUAAUAUCUAAUUGAUAUCAGCUACUUUCCCCAAAGCGAUUCUAAUUGCUUAACCUUCUACUUAGGCUUACUCCCUUAAACCGACUGGAGUGCGUUGGCUGACAAACGAUAGCUUUAAAACGUUAUACCAAUGUCCCGCGUAUUGUAAACUGCCCCGAUUUGCUUUUUAUUCUUUCUGUGUUCAAUCACACUUCAGAGUCCGCACUUUAGGUUUUAAUUUAACUCAUGCUUCCAAGCUAGUCAAAAAUGUAACACGCGAAACGAAUCGAAAGUAAAUUGAAAGCUUUAAAUCUUCUGUUCUAUUUUUGGUCAAGGAUGCAGAAAACCUAACGUUCAAAACUUCAACAAAAAAAAAAAAACGCAAGCGCCAAGGAAUUGUUUGAAAAAAUUUAAAACUAAAAACAAAAAGUGGUUAAGAAAUUAUUAAUCUGUAUACACAUUAAUCGUAGUCGUAUUUUGUAAAAGCAAGCGCAUAAAAGAAGCAACAAGUAUUAAACUGCGUGUAAUUUGUUUAAAUAAGAAGAUUGCAAAUGUUUUUUUGUGGCUCCUCCAGGCAAGCUUACAUUUUUCGCAAAUGUAAGGUAGUGCAGCAUUUUGUAUGUUAGUCUAAGCUAAAAAUAACCACGUAAAGUACUAGAGCCUUCUGCACAUUGGGCUAAUGGCAUUAAACUAGAGAAAACUAACGUUGUAUACUUUAUUAUUUUAAUGUCGGUGUGUCUGUAAUUGAUUUGUAUGAAUAUUAAGAUGAUUUAAAUGCAUUUAGUUAUCAUAACCAUAAUCAACGAUAUUUGUAUGGCAAGUAAAAAGAGCUAGACGUAAAUGAAUAUUGUAUCAUGCCACUUAACUGAUAAGCACAAAAGAUAUCUAGAGAUAACAUGGACUCUGAGUUGCUGUUCUUCUAGUGAAUUUGGAUUAGACACUACUUAUAAAAGGAUGAAGAAAGUGUUCUGACGCGAUAACAAAACAAUUCAAUAUUUAACAGAGAUUAAUGGUUUAUUUACUAAGUGAUCUUUCUAUUGAAUAACUACAGUUUUCUGCUGUCAAAACAUUUUUAUUCGGCACCUUUUAGCUCCGAUCUGCCAUUAUGGUACUACUCCAUUGAAUCAGCUCAAAAAGAAGUUACAAAUUCGAUUUAUUUAUUUUUAUAUCGUAAGCAUAAAACGGGAGAAAAAUACCAUUUAAAAAAACUCCCCCCAACAUUGCAACGCAAAUGGGCUUUACAUUUUAAAGAAAUCUUUAAAGAAUCAAUAAAUCAACGAAGCUAACUUUAAAUGUUUUACAUCCAUACAAACAUAUUUACACUAUACACGUACGAUCAACUUUUACACAUCUAUUUUUUGAGAAAACACUCGAGAUCUACGCGUACAUAUUGAUUUCAGGACUCCAUGAGAUAUGUACAUAUAUUUUUCAAACAAACUGUAUGCGGCAGGGUAAACUAAUCUGGCAAACGUAAUUAAAUUACAACACAAAUUGUCUAAUAAUAUGAGAAAAAUGAGUAUAUACAAAAUAUACAAAAAUAAAAAACGUAAAUGUAACAGAAAUACAAAUAAAUGUUAAACUAAUAAUCGCACACUAGAAUAAUGAAAACACAACACACACGGUGGAUAUUCAGAACCAGAGUUUGGCGAAAUUUCGAGCCAAUCGCAAAUAGAAACAAUAAAUGUUAAUUGAGGUCAAGUUAAAUGAAAGUGAAAUGUACAAGUUAUAUGGUAAAGAUGAUUAAGUCAAGCAUAAUGAUACUCCUAAAAACAAAAAUCAUAUUUAAGCAUACCUACAUAUUUGCAAAAUAAAAGAAAACAAAAUGUUAAACUAC